AUUUAUGUGUUGAAUGUUUGCCCGAAAUUGCUUGUUUAGGAUAUUCGCAAAGAUAAUCAUGUAUCUGGUAUAUCGCUUCUUUACUAGCGUAAUCUUUGCGAUGAUAAAUGCGACUAUUGUGUUGUAUAUGUGUCAACGUGUGAGUUACAACUAUUUUUAUGUAUUGUAUACAUGAGAAUGUUAUACUCGUCUUUUUAUUAAAAAGCAAUAGCCAUUAUGUGCAAAUAUCGAAGACAAAUAGCAUAUAUAUUUAUAUAACAGUUUACUUAGGAAAUAUUCGGUUACGCAUAUACAUAAUGUUUUAACAUUUCAGUUCUUCCGAGUGAUGAGAGCACAUUAUCAGAUUAUGGCCGAAUCUGAAAGAUUUAAUUCAAUUAUUUCCGAGUCACGGGCAAGCCUCAAUUAUAUCAGCUCGAAGGUAUCCAAAGGAAUGGAUCAAAUGAAGGAGGACAUUGCCAAAGAACUGUUCAUUACCGACCACUUAACGAAGCUUAGUUCGAAAGUAGGUCUAUUGCUGCAACGUUAUUCCGAAUUGGAGGAAGGAUUGAUCGAGCUAGUAAGAAUGAAUCACAAUACAAAGAGCGUGCAGAUUGAGACACCGGCUGACAUCAACGAGGAAGUUAAAUGCAUCCUCGCGGCGGCAAGAAAAAGGCAAUCGCAGCCGCAGCAGCAGCAGUCAGACCGUCCGCGAACGCCGAGGAAAUUGCGAAUAUCGACAAACGCUUCGGCGGCAGUGAAAGAUCCUCAGCCGCAUAAUUCCGUCGCAAAUUCGAGAUUCCUUACGUCGCAGUCAUACGAUACCAAUCUAUCAAAUGUAACGACGCUUGAGAGACAAGAAAGACCCCGUACGCCCGCAUAUCCGGAAGUCCAGCUGUUGAACGAUCUGAGACCGGCGACUGAUGCAAAACCCAUUGGCUUUCGACCAUCCUGGAAGUGCGAGACUUAAGAUGACCGUCGGACAAAUUUGUUUUUGUAUUUCUUUCAGUCCCUUCUUUUGAUAAUUAUCUUUUUUUGUAAAAACGCAGGAAAAAUUGUGACUGU